AGUCCAUCUCCUGAAGAAAUGCAGCUCAGAUGCACCCCGGCAGGAAACAGGAAAUGUAAAUGUUCGGGUGAAGCAGGGAGGCAGCUGAAGCACCCCUCGGGUGGGAGCACCGCCGAGGUAAUAUGCGAAAGCGGAGCCUCAUCGUGCUGUUCUCUGUCCUGUUGCUGGCCGGAGGAUCUGCAGGGAACGGCUCUGAAAACGAUGGUUCAGGAGAUGGAUUGCCGAUAUUAUCCACCAGUACAGUAACACCUCCUCCUGCUACACAUCCUUCAACUGUGGAUGACCGUGAGCCAGUACUUGUUACUGCAAGCGCUACUGAAAGUGGUUUUGAAACAAAAAGUACUCCAAAUACUGAAUUGAAUGCCACGAACAAUCAGGACAGCCUAGAAGUGGCAGAACAGUCAAUCUUGAUAUACAUUGUCCCCGUUGUGCUGCUGGUCCUGCUGAUUUUGCUGAUUGCAUUUUUUGUAAUACAUCAUAAAAGGAAAAAGUCUAAGCAAGAUGAGCUGGGAAGUGAAAAUGUGAAAAGUCCUAUUUUUGAAGAAGACACGCCCUCUGUUAUGGAGAUAGAAAUGGAAGAACUUGAUAAAUGGAUGAACAGCAUGAACAAAAAUGCUGAUUGUGAAUGUUUGCCUACUGUAAGAGAAGAAGAAAAAGAAUCAAUUGCUAACCCAAGACACCUGCCAAAAGAUGAACCUAAAUAUUUUCAGAGCUUGCUGCUUUCAGCCUCCUUAGGUAGGCAGAAGAAACCAGCCAAAUUUGAAGUUAUACCCUAUUGCUUGCCAACGUGUAACUGAACCAUCGCGCCACUGUUAAGACAUUCCAGCUGUGCUCUUCAUUUACUGUCAAUGUGUUACUUCACAAAAAAAACAGAAAGAUCCAUUUUGAGUGUGGGUUUUUUUUUUGUUUGGUUUGUGUGGGUGUGCUGUGUUUGUUCGUGGUUUUUUUGUUGUUGUUUUAUAUUACUGAAAUAUUCUUUGCAGUUAUUUCUUAACCUUCAGGAGUUCUGCAUUUUUUUAUUAGCCUGUGGUUGCUCAUCAGUUACCAUGGCACCCACUACCACACUGAAAACUAGGGUCUAAGAACAGAAAACAGCCAAAUCACAUGCAAAGACAGACAAGUUACGAAGUAGAUAAGGCUAAAGAGCACAGAGACUCCUUAGCCAAUGUGAGUCUGUGUAGCUGCACUGAAGUCAGAAUUUUAAGUCUCUCCCUCUGAAUCAGUAAACACCUUCAGAGAUCAGAGAGCCAUACCUGCAAAUUGCAGUGCUGAAACAAGUGUUUUAUUACAGAUACUUUUUCACCAACAUAUAACCAUUUCAGGCUACACAAAUCAGAGUGCAAUUGUUUCCAGGUACACACUUAAAAUUAUUAUUUCCCCCCCUCUCCUUUUGCUGCUCCAGACACAUUGAAAUGCUUCAAAAUACUUAACUACAAACAAUAACAGGCAACUAAAAACACGUAGCAGCAACAAUGAAUAAUAAAAAUAUAACCCCCUCACUGUUUGUCAUACUGCAAGUCUGACCAUUGCUCUGGGGCACUGGUGAUCUAGCCAACAGGACAGCUAUUGCCUGAUGUCUUUUUUUUCCAUUUCCUUUUGGUCAUGUUAUGGACUACCUGACUCUCAAAGACUUACAAGCCUCUGAACAACAGUCCAGAGAAUCCCCACACUGAGCCAAAAGCUGCUGAGAACAGACCAAUAUAAAUGCCACAGGGAUAUGCCUCAUUUCCCACCUGUCAGAAAACAAGGCCAAGUGCAAACAGCCCCGAGAACAUUAAGAAAAAAAAAAACAAACAAACAAACCUUAAAAUACCCAGUCUUCAACAUUCACAUGCAAUGGCUGCUUUCUAAUCCAGUAUACCAUCUAUUAAGACCAAUCUCCAAGGCAUCUGUUGUUUUUCUUACAUCACACAAGUCUCAAUACACUUAACUCAUGGUUCUGAUACAAGCUUCAACAGGUUCAUGAGAAGCCAUUGAUUUAGGAUCUGAUCAGCCCAAGACUCCCUAACAUGUGUCUUGCCUCAGAGACAUAGGAACCCACAUCACACUGCCUCCUUCCCCUAGAAAGAGCCCUUAAGCAACCAGCCUUGCUUUUAUUGCCACGUUUAUCUCCAAUCUCAAGCCACAGCUGUGAGCCAGGAACACAAGAUUGCAGCACUACUGUUUCAGGUCUGCAGUGUAAGAGUACCACACCAAAGCAAAUUGGUGGGCAAGGUGACUCCAGGUGAUGCCCAUUCCUGAGGCUGCGCUGAAUUGCUCCCAAGAGCUGAGAUAUAAGGGCUUCCAGGGCAGGCAGCUGUUGGGUGGUUCAGGUGAAGGAUAACUUGAAGGGCAGGCUUUGAUGUCAAUGCAGAUAAAGCCUCAAAGGUUAGGCACUGCUUCACCCAGAUUUUGGGUGCUUGAGUUAUUUAGUGGCUAUGGUAUCUAGCUAAGAUUUUAAAGGAAACUUGCAGCUCAUGAGAAAGUAGAGAGUGAGAGAGGGGCUUCAAACAGUCAGUGUUGUCAGAUACUAGGGUUUUUUUGUGUUGGGUAGAAAUCUUUUCUUUCUUUUUGCAAUGUAAAACACAGAAAUGUCUGACAUUACAGUGCUGGUCUUCCCUUAAACAGAGAUUGCUAAUUGGGGCCAUUAGAAAUCAGAUUUAAAUAAUGAAAUUUAUACUGUAUGAGAGGUACUCUGAAACAGAAUUUAGGCCUCUAUCAGGGAAAGCCUACUGCAUUAAUCCCACUAUGCUUCUGAUGCUAGAAUUAUCAUAGAUAUAUCUUAAUGAAACAUACUGUAGUUAUUUUUUGUUAAAAAAAGAGACAGGAUUGUAACCUAUUUUAGGUAGAGACAGAUUUUAAAAAGUAGGAAAAGAUGCCAUCAAGCAAUUUGUUUAACACAUUCAGUGUAUUAACACUGCCCAUGACAAAUACCUAUUCUUUCAAAGAGCAAAUCCUCCUACAGCACAGCUGUCAAACUAAAUGUAACUUAAAAUGUUAUUAAAAUGAUAAUGUUGCAUUAAAUGUUACUAAAUGUAACCACUCCUACAUUUAUACUGUCCUAAAAUUAUGUUUGGACAUUUGAAGGCAACCAUGAGGCUGAUGUGGCCCCUAGUGAAAAUGAGUUUGACAGCCUGUCCUAGAGUACAUCUAGAUUUCAUAGGUGUAAUAACAACAAAAACUCCUCCUUGAUUCCUGUAUUUAUUAUAAAGCACUGGAUUUAAUUAUCUGACUACAAACUUAAGGAAGUUGCUUUAAAAUUUCAGCUUAUUCUAUACCUUUUAAACAAUUACCAGUUUGUCUUAUGCAGUAAGAUUUUUAAAGGGGUGCUGUUUCUAGUGUAACAAUUUAAACAACAAAAUGUUUGUAGUUCUUCCAUUGUAAUACUGCAAACCAAAGCUGAGCUCUGCAGCCAGUUUGCUGAAAUCCUUUGUAAUCCUCAGCAUGUUAUCCACCUGAACCGCCUGCUGAAUUUUACUAAGUAGAGAGAAGAUGAGCAAAGUGAAUGCUGUGGAUUUUGAUUUUGUAGUUGAAGUCUUAGGAAUUACAGGUACAGAUUUCAGAAAUAACCACAAACACAGAUGUAAGCAUGUAAUUCAGCAUUUAUCAGAAGAUAUUCAAUGACUUCCCUGAAAGCAGAACAACAAAAAGCAGAUAAGACUGUAUGGAAUAUGAACACUGAAAGAAAAGUGGAGGUAAAACUAAAAUUCAGACUCAAAGGACAUGGAACUGAUUCAAAUUUCAUGGCACAAACAUUGCCCCCCUGCUCAGAGAUUCUGCCCUGAAUAUCAAGUGCUUGAAAUUCAAGUGAGCAACAGGAAAAAAUUAAACAAGUUUCAUGCUCCCCUUCCUUCUGGGUAGUAAAAGGUAAGAAUUGAAUUGUCUUUAAUCUUCUGCAUUAGAAGAUCAGGCCAUGCCCAGCUUUGAAGGCUUUACAGGAGCAGUGGGACAGGUAAGUUUUUAUGAUGACACCACAAGAAAUAUUUGAUUGCCCUUUUAUUUAAAUGGGUGAAGUCCUUGAACUAGUAAGGUCAAUGUGACUUGUGCCAGCUGUUCAGCAUGCUCUAUUUUACAUUUGCUUUCACAACCAUUUAACAGAAACAAGUGAAAGCCGCUGGGAGGCUAUAUGAAGCACAACCUGCUGUGAGCUAAGUUUGAUAGCUGGCUGGAUUUGGGAAGUUCCUGCUUCCCCAUUCGCCUGCACCACUAUGCCAAUUAAAAAAGAAGCUGUUAGCUGACUGAACUUCAAAAUAAGCCUCCUAAGAAGGGGUUAAUUCUGUUCUGUUUUUCAUUACGGCUGUAAAAAGCUGGUAUUGCAGUCAGGGUGGGGACAGGGCUGUGCAGCAUGGAUGUGAGAGGGGCACCCAGAGCUAUCACAUGUUGAAAUUGCAGUGUGACACUGGGCGCCCUGUUCUCUGCAGUUGCACGGGGGAAAGACCAGCCUGUGUUUCUGAAGCUGCUGCCGAGUCAGGGGGCAAAACUAGGACAAACCUGACUUUAAAGAGAUCUCAAGCAGAGUCUGAGAUUUCAAAGCAUUUUUUUACUACUCCUCAAUUCUUAAGUGAAAAGCUAAAUCCCUGCAACUGUCUUUACCUUUUCAGAUUGGCUGAUCAGACAGCAAAAUGCUGGGGUUUUUAUUGGUAGCAGCAUUAACAAAAAUCCAGAAGGCCACACCCUGUCUAGCAGCAGUUGCUAGGGAGCAUUGGGGUUUGUGUGCAGCAUCAUUAACACACCAAACUGGAGGCUGCAGGAGGGGUUCCGGCUGCAGCCCAGGCUCCCAGGGUAACUGGCGUGGCCCUGGCUGGCUCAGCCUGCUGAGCCCUAGUACGCUGCUUUUCCUCUCUAGCCUCCUAUGCAGGAAUCCGUGGCUUUUCUUAACACCACCACCCUUUCAAAAUUCUGCUGCUAAAUUGUGUGUAGUUGCAGUGUCAGCAGCAUCAGGAAUCAGUAUGAGCUUCCUCAGCUCUAGCAACUGUUUUCAGCCCUGUGCCAUUGAGGAAUGCUCCCAGGAGGUCUGAUGAGCAUAAUGCUGAACAAGUCUGAAAAGUCUGAGGGCUAUCUAGAUUAAGGCUCUUAGCACUAUUAAUAUUCAUGCAACUGAUUGAGUAUUAUAACUCUAGGCAUUUUUUUCUCUACAAAUAACAUGAGUCUCAAGGUUUCCUGCUGAAUUAGGAUAAGUUUUAUUGCCUUCUGAGCAACACUGAAGAAGAUAAUUGAGGAGACGUUCUGGCUGAGGAACUUUUGUUUGUUCAAUUGUUUUCUAGUACUGCUUCUGCUAAGGGGUAAUUCUGCAAAAUAACAUGUGCAGGCUCAUUGCUUUGCUUAAUAGAAACUGAAGAACCUGACCUGAGCAGAGCUGCAGAAGAGAUAUUAUGUUAUCUUGCUUUUGUUCAGUCUUAUGACAUAGUUCAAGCCCAUUAUAAUAGCUAAGCUACAAUAAAUAUUUGACCUGAGAGUGUUAGAACGAAAUUCAUCCUUAUUUCCUCCCCCCAAUUACAUAAAUCUGAAUGACAAACUAUUUAAUCUGGGUAAUAGUUAACAGUCUCUGAUUGCAGCUGUUAAUAUUACCCAAAGGAAUACCAGCUACUAGUCGAGAACUCUAUGGCAACACCUUGCUAAUGAGAACAGUAUUUGAGGAUACUCAGAUUAAUAGUUUGAUUCCCACAAGCAAUUAAUUUUUUCAAAAAAAUAAAUUUUGCUUUUAUAAUGAUAGGGUUAGUAAGAAAGUCCAGCUAUGUAAGAAUCCUGUACAUUUUUGGAAGCUUAUUUGGACUGCCUUCAAACAUCCUGGAAUCUCCUUCAACUUUCCCUCUCGGGCAGCUGGGACUACUUCUUACUUCUAAAAACCAACUGCUUUCAGGCUGGUUUCUUUAAUGGAAACUUUUAAAGCACUUCACAUUUCAUAACAUAGUCUGCACAGAAGCACUAUCUCUGGAAGUGAUGAUGACCUUCAGAAAAACUCUUGAAAGCACUAGGGAAUUUUUUUUUUGUCUUUCUCUUCCCCCUCACUCCCCUGUGGUAUUUCAGGACCAUCUCUCUUGCUGAUGCUUGGAGAUCUUCAGCUUUUCCCUUCUGGCAAGGGGUUUUGUGCUGUGCUGCUAACUUUUGUAUCCGAGAUAGAUGGAACACAAUAAUCUGAAGGGAUCACUCAUCAUAGCAGUUGCUAGGGCUGUAACACCUCCUCUCUUCAGGGUUUCCUUUUUCAGGGGAAAAAGACAGUAUUCAACACAAAUUUAUGGUAUCAUUUUUUUCCCCUCCCCUGAACUAGGGUCUUCCCUAGGAGCCUAUUUAGCUCUCUAUGCUACUGUCUCCUGGAGAAUUUUGUGUCACCUGCCUAUAACAAAAGUAUGCUCAGAAAAAAACUGCAGCUGUGUGCUUGCUUCCUCAGGUGACAUCUAUGGGUUCUGCCUUUGAAAAGCAAAUCUGAGAAUUUUCUCUGUGAAGAUGAGCUCUCGGAUGCAGGUACUUUCAAUGUUUGGUGUUCCCUACAUGCUGAAUGUUUCUAUUUCUCAAUGCUUUUGGCUGCCUUUGGUGUAAUACAAGAUGGUUUUAUCUGACAACGUAUUUACUAAAGGAAGUCAGAGAGCAUAGCACUGUGACUUAGAUCUGCUGCACAGAAGCCACUCUUUGUUAAAUAAUUUAAAACCUUUUCGUUACAUUGUUGCUAAUUUAUUGAAAAAUUAUCCCAAAGAGCACUGAGGAAGUGUAAGAAGUUCAACCUUGCUGUCUUUCCAUUCUUAACAGGGGCCUGGAUUUAUCGAAAAGAGGGUAGCAGCAUGACCGACUAACCAAAAUUGUUAUUUUAGAUUGCACCAUUAAGAGAUAGCAAUACUAUUCCUUUUUUUUCACAAGGCUUUCCAAAUCUGUAUAGUUUUCAGACUGUGUUGUACAAUUCUGUACACAGCUGAGUACUCUAAAAGUUGUUCUUGCUCUCUGUAUGUAUGUAUAUACAUAAUUAAAAUAUCGUUAUUGAAAUAUAAGUAGUUAAAUUAAAGUCUGUUUAUUCUGGAGCAGCACAACUACAGAAACUUGAUUAUAUUUUAUUCAACUAUGGGAAAGUUUGAUUUCUUAGACAUGGGAGAAAUAAGAAUAUACUACCAAGUAAAAGACAACAACGCAGGAAAAAAGUUACUAACCGGAGAGCAUGCAACAUAAUUGAAAGAAAGUUCUCAGCUUACAUUCAUUUGUCAGUAUUUUUUAUUGCAAAAUAUAAUAUUGAAAAAACCUCAAAGCCUAGAAAUUGAUGAGAUACCAGGCCAUUCCACGGCGGUCCUUAUAGCCUAAUUUGGAUAAAUUGAGAGCUGCCUCUCUCAGAUAAGCUUUGGGAAAGUGCCUUUACCCCAUUCCACUGACUUUAUUAGUUAGACUAGGUGCUGAUUGCCUAAAACUUCAAUGUCACAUUUUAUAGCCACAUAAUUAAUACUAAAAGUAGAAAUUACUUCAGAAACUAAUUGAUGAGAAUGCUGUGUUGCCUGUUACAGUUAGUGAUUAUUCUUUGAAUUAGCUGAGUACAUUAGUCCAACAUCUUUUUUCUCCCUAAGAUUGUCUUUUUUUAUAUCUGUGCACACCUUUUUGCAGGAGCUGAUGUACUGAAUAAGUAUUUGAUAAGAAGUAACUGUUGGGGGGCUGUUGAUGGUCAAAGGAAGAUGGCUGAACAAAAAAUUAAUUAUACUGGAGAGCAUGACAGUGUCAGUAUCUGAAAUAAAGAUGAAAUAUAAGUAUUCGAAUUUAAGUCAAAACAGUAACCUUAUUGUAGAACUACCUUUGGAGAUGUGUAAAAUAAACUAAUGAAAUUUCUGAAAAAAAAUGGGCUCUGCUGUGGUUAUUCAGCACUAAGAUCAACCUGUAGCAGAAAACAGCAAUGUUAUUAAAAACAGGUUUCCACAAUGGUUUCCUACGAACUGUUGUUUAAUGGUAUUAUAAAUAGUUUAAAUAUUACAACUGUGACUCAGUUAUUUUCAGUAUUGGGGGAUACCUUAUUAGGAUUUGCUCCUACCAAACCUGCUUUGCUUACCAUGGCUAAAUAUAGAUUAUAAAAGAAAAGUGCUAACACUUUCAACUUCAAGUACACACUUAGACAAAUGCUAUAAAUAGGCUGAUGUUUUGUAAACUAGUACUUGACAGAGGCACAGACUAGAUGGAUGUUCUCCCGUGGGAAUUUUCUGUGUUCCCUCUGUGGCUUUCAUGGGAACAAGUAGUUGCUCUUAGUUAGAUAUCUGAGCUCUCUUUUUAUUACUGUUAUUAAUAAUUUCAGGUCCAAGAGCAGCAAGAGACUGACAAAGCUUGCUAGCAGUGAGCUUUCAGAAAAGCUGCCCAACAUAAUUUUGCCACUACAUUGAUCUGCACUACCCUUGCUAUGUUUGCCCUGACUUCAUCAGGGUACAGUUAAUUUUAAAAAAGGUUCUAGUGCUGGUUUAGUUCUGCUGUAAUCAUGGCCUUGGUGGACCUGACUAACUUUGUGUUUUGGUGUGGAUUUGGAGGCCAAUCUAGAAAUCAGUUCAC